AGAUUUCAAAGUAGCACAGCGUAGUGUUUGGUACACCUAUACAUGUCUAGGUUAGAAUAGUUAUUUUCAUAAUUAAAAAUAUUUGCGCUAAUGUGGCAAUGUCAUGUGAUUUUUAUGAGAUAUUCGAAUGUUAUAUAUUGAUUGACAGUCGAAUGUAAUUCUUUAUCGGACUAAAUUACACAUUGCCGUGAGAAAGGGCUUUAUCAUGGAGUGACGAUUGUUGAAGAUCGUUGUUUAUAGCCUCCUUGUCGAAACGGUUCCGAUCAAGGUUAAAUCGAUAGUAAUUGCUUAUUUUUAAGCACCGUGCGAAUCACUCGGAAAAAAUGACCUCGAAUGAAGCAGGCGUAUCGCUCGUUCCUCGAGAUGACAUCAAUUGGCGGAAAGAUUUAAUUUCGCAAUUACGCGAAAGAAACAGAUCGCAAACCAAUUGUUUUGCGGAUCUCAUUAGUCUGCAUAAUAGGUUAUUUGAAAAUGCAAACACGUUGCGAAAUUCAAACAUGCAAUUGACAAUUGCAAAUGAAACUCUUCGUCGUGAGGCAGCCAAUGGCACUAUUGGCAUAGGUGGAAAUCCUGAUCUUGAAGCUAGACUUUUAAAACAAGCAGAAGAAUUGGCGAUGUUACAUAAGAGAAAAGGAGAACACACACAACAAAUAGUAGAUCUUAAUAAUAAAUUGCAAGAAAUAACAAAAGAACUUCAAGCAAAGGAAAUCAGUCUUGCAGAAAGUUUGGAAGCUAAUACCAGUUUACGUUUAGAAAUAACUAAAUGUCUUACUAGAGAAAAGGAAACAGAAUGUAUUAAUCAGAUGCUUAAAGAUGAACAUCAGGCCUUGCAACUUGCUUUUGCUUCUUUAGAGGAGAAGCUUAGAAAAACACAGGAAGAAAAUCGACAACUGAUUGAACGUUUAAUAAAAUAUAAAGCUAGAGAUGCAGAAAAAAUGAAUGAAGAGAAUGACAACUUUUUAAGUUUUACGAGUCCAACAGCCUUUUUGAUGCAUACCUUAUCAAAGUUUGGAAAGAGGCAAGCAAAGAUGCAAAAAGAAUUGGAAGAUGCAGCACGAGAUACACGACCUGUUAGUCCAGAUCGUUUAAGCUUAAAAGAGGUCGCUGGUCUUCCGACAGCAGUGCCAACAAAAGUAUCCGUAACAUUUAGUGCCCAUGAAGGAGAAGUAUAUGCUGUCAAAUGGUCGCCUACUGAUAGAAUUCUGGCUACUGGUGGUGCUGACAGGAAAGUGAAACUAUGGAACAUUACUAAAGGUACAUCGGAGAGCAAAGGCAUCCUCGUCGGCAGCAACGCCGGUGUCAUGUCGGUGGACUUUGAUUCGACGGGCAUCCUUAUUCUUGGAGCAUCCAACGAUUAUGCGAGCCGCGUCUGGACUGUCAGUGAUCUUCGUCUAAAGCACACGCUCACGGGCCACUGCGCAAAGGUGAUGGCGGCGAAGUUUCUUGGCGAGCCGUCAAAAGUAGUUACGGGAAGUUAUGAUCGCACGUUAAAAAUCUGGGAUCUACGCAGCAAAGCAUGUAUAGAGACGAAAUUUGCUGGAUCUAGUUGCAACGACCUCGUAACUUCAGACGGUGCUGGCUCCACGAUAAUCAGUGGUCAUUUUGAUCAAAGAAUCAGGUUUUGGGAUACGAGAGCUGAAUCUAGCUCAAAUGACAUUCUACUGGAAGGAAAAGUUACAUCCUUAGAUUUGUCCCGUGACGCAAAUUACCUUUUGAGUUGCGUGAGGGAUGACACGGUGAAAUUGAUUGAUCUACGAAUGAAGAAGAUUGUUGGGUCCUUCAGUGCUGACGGCUUCAAAGUGGGAUUCGAUUGGACAAGAGCCGCUUUCAGUCCUGACGGGCAGUACAUAGCGGUUGGUUCCGCAGACGGUUCCGUCUUUAUCUGGUCUAUAGCGACGAAUAUGAUCGAAACAAUACUAAAGGGACAUACGAGGCACCUUCGAGUGCUCUGCAUACCCACCUGACACGAAAAGUUCCUGAAGUACUUCGGUCCUCUGGUCCACCACACGCAGCACAUGUAUACGCAGACACAUAUACAUACAC